AUGAAUGUUAGCAUAGCAAGAUGAAUGUUAACAUGGAAGAAACUUAGGACUUCAUUAGACUAUAAAAAUAUUACAGAUAUCUAAUUUGAUAUCUACUUUUAUUUAAAGCUGAGAACUUAAAUUUCUAAACUUAAGUUUAAUAGAAAGACCAAAGAUAGUUUUACAAAAUUUUAGUUGGAUUGCAGCUUGUAGUGGCUAUUGAAGAUAGUAGUUUCCUACAUACCUGGUGAAGUACAAACUGGUGGGAAGUCACAGAAAAAAGUUCAAAAAAGAGAGAAAAAAGGCCACGGAGGCGAAAAGGAGGAGGUUGAAGGUGGCGGUGGUACAAAGGAACAAAAUCCCGAGGGUGGGGCAAGCGAUCCACGAUGCGGGAGAGUGAAACCGCCCCCACCUGCUUCCCCAAUCACAGGCUCCGCCUCCAGAAAGCCGCAUGACGUCACACAGACACUUGUUACGCCUUGCUGGUACAUUGGAUUGCUACUUGGACCUUGCUAACCUGGAAAAGUCACCCUUUUCAACCCUUACUAAUCUAUGGCUAUCUUUAUCUAAGUUUCAAGCUACAAGAAUAGAAAUAUUGUCUCUUAUUAUUUUGUCUCUUUUCGAUAAGUUUUAUAUGAUUCUAUCUGAAUAAGACACUGUUGAAAAAAUAGUUAGAUGCUACUUACCAAUCUUCUUCUAUAAUUAAUUUUCAUCAGAUGUUACUCUACUAAAAAUUAGAAUACUUUAGUAUUUGAUUUAUUUUAAAACGUUAGAAUAACUAAAAUUAAGUAUAAUACCUAAUUUACUAACCUGUAUAGAAUAAUCACCCUUUUCAUAAUUUUUUUAAUUUAUUCUCCAACCUGCAAAAAUCAAAAUAUUCUAUAUUAUUACGUUUAUUUUCGCUACUAAAAUUUCAUAGAAUUCUGUUUUAUUUUAAAACAUUAAAAUAAGAAUAAAGGUUAGGUGAGUAG